AGAGUCUUCAGGGUGAAAAUGCACCAUGGCAUGGGUGGAUCGGCGAACGAUCGUCACGGCGCUCAAAAUCAGGCAAUGCAGGCCAGGAACGGGGUCUGCGACAAAAUCGAAAAUUACAUAUCCGAGCUAGGACAAUGGGCCGUAUGGAGGGCAAUAAUAAUGGGCCAAUUCCUCUCGUUGGUAUUGUGCUUCAUGACGCUUGUGAAUCAUCAUAUAAAUACCGCCUCCUACAAACUCUCGCUUCCAACAGGGCAAAAUCUUCCACACUAUGUGAUGAUGUGCUUAGUCUACACGACAUGGAUGUCCUGCAGAGGUGUGGGGAAUGGCCUAUUUUCCGUCAUAAGAGCUCGUGGCUGGAGAUACUUGUUGUUAGCACUGAUCGACGUUGAGGCAUGCACGCUUAUUACAUCGUCGCAUCAAUUUACCAGUCUUGCUAGUAUACAGCUCCUCGACUGCGUGGCAAUACCGGUUGCAUUGGUACUCUCAUUUCUGGUACUGGGUGUCAGAUAUAGAAUGGUGCACAUCGUUGGUGUAUCCGUCUGCUUAAUGGGUGUGGGAUGCUUGGUUUGGGCCGGCAUAGAUGACAAUAAUGAUCCUACGGCUACUAGAAAAAAUCAACUUGUUGGUGAUAUGCUCUGUCUCGGCGGCGCGGUAUUGUUUUCGGUGACAACGGUCCUGCAGGAGCUGGCUGUUAAAACAGUCGACAUUAUUGAAUAUCUGGGCAUGAUCGGUUUCUUUGGCACUAUACUGACUUGUAUGCAAAUUGCUGUGCUCGAGAGGCUUCAAAUAGAAACGUUCCACUGGGACAAUGUACCGGUAAUAACGAUCCUGAUUGUUUAUUGCAUCACGCAAUUUAUGUUUUUCUCUUUGGUGCCGGUAAUAUUGUUUGAGUCUGGUGCUACCGCCUUGCAACUGGCAUUACUCACUUCGGAUUCAUUCAAUAUAUUGGCUGGAAUGCUCAAUCAUCACUAUAAGUUUCACGCAUUGUACUUUGUUUCGUACACACUCACGAUGACCGGCAUAUACAUAUACGCUAUAAAGAGAACAGCUAUAUCGACGAACUCACGGAGGCAACACAUUGAACUUCCAGAUUACAGAAGACACAUGUCUCAUCCUGACGUCGGCGAAGUGGAGAUGGCCACAAGCUCUGGAAUGUCCGGCGUAAGCGGCACACUCGACAUAAGGGCAUCUACUCUCGGCAGCGAGAGAGAGACGAUGGACGCGACGAGCCUACCACUGAGCGUCAGCUCCGACACGGCCUUCACCUCCUUCUAUGGCAGUCAGGCGAACUUAAAGGUAGCAUCGAGAUCGAUGCCGCGUGUAUCCUCCAAUUCGUUUCUCGAUACGAAUGCCGGCGCGGUCACCUCGCUUUGAUAUCCGUCGAGGACAAACUUGACGCGAGUGCAGGGUUCAGGCGAUCUUACAGAUGUUCGAGGCAGAUGGAAUAUACGAGAAUAAUAGAUUUUUCGAGAUUUCUUUUAUCACAUCUCUUUCGAUAAUAUAAUUUUGUAUCAUGUCGCAAAACUUUGCAGUUAUAACAAUAAAGGUCAUAAAGGUUGGUAAAUUUAUUUUCCAAAAAUAGUUUUGCAAUACGCAUAAUAACGUGCAAAAAGGCGGUAAAAUCAAAUGACAAAUAAAAUUAAUAAACUUUUAUGUACUAUAUUAUUUAUAUUUAGUUAGUAUAUUUCCAUUUAGUAUAAUUUACAGCAUGCUGCGUGCAACUGCAAUGAAUAGAUCGUCUGCAUGCAACGAAAGAAUUUUUUAAUUCGCGUGAAUUUAUCUACCUUUGACGGCAUGGUUUUUCUUUUCAUAUUCCUUUACUUGUACUUGGAAGUGUAAAUGAAAUCUGUGCCGGUUUCAGGCUGCGAACGGGAACAGCGGUUCUGCCUCUAAGUAAUAAGCGGAGGAAAACAACUGUUUAGAAUAUAAUACCGCGUGAUAAAUUCGUUCAAAAUGCACCACUUUUUAAAAUGGAGCUUUUAAAAAAGCACGAAAGGAUGUUUAUAUAUCGACACGAAUAAUUCUGAACGUUAGCGCACAGUCUAAAGACUCUAGAAAGAUCGUAUAAAAAUAAUCGUAUAGAAUUAUUACUAUUAUAUAAUAUUAAUUGUAUGUAAUAGUAAAAUGA